UUUUUUUACAAUUCUACACUUUUCCGGGAAAUCAAGUGAAAGUCCAGCUGCUUGAAGUCUGAAGUAAAUCCUGGUUUCAUGACUGCAGGCUGUGAGGAUGUCGUCUGUGAAGAUGUCAGAAGGGAGCGUUCAGGUGAGCAGCUGCACAGCUCCGCUCUUCUUCAGACAAAGUGAACCUUCCUCAGGGAAGGCGAGGAUGUCACUUUUACUCCUGCACGGCAUCCGUUUCUCCUCAGAAAACUGGCUCAACAUCGGCACUCUGGACACUCUGGCCAGAAGCGGCUGUCGGGCUGUUGCCAUCGACCUGCCAGGACUUGGCAGGUCUAAGUCAGCCGAGGCCCCGGCUGCGGUGGGAGAACUGGCCCCUGCAGGUUUCCUGAAGGAUGUGUGUGAUCAGCUGAACCUAAGCCCGGUGGUGGUGAUCAGCCCGUCCCUCAGCGGGAUGUACUCGCUCCCCUUUCUCAUGCAGCACCAGGAUCUUAUCCGAGGUUACGUCCCCGUGGCUCCAAUCUGCACCGACAAAUUCACAGCAGAGCAGUACCAGAGUGUGAAGGUCCCAUCGCUGAUCGUUUAUGGAGACCAGGACGCUCAGCUCGGAGAACUGUCACUCCGCAACCUGAGCAAUCUGGCCAAUCACAGUGUGGUCAUGAUGAAAGGGGCGGGUCACCCCUGUUACCUGGACGACCCGGACACUUGGCACAAAGCGCUCACAGACUUUGUGAACACGCUGUGAAGAGAUUCUUACAGCAUUGUCGCGAAUAAAUGACCAACAUAUUAUUCAUUCACUUGAAUUGAAGGCCACUCACGUCCUGCUGCAUGAGCUGAUUUUGACUUUAUUAAGUACAAUCAGUAAGAUGAGCUUUUCAAGAUUUUCUAAUAAUAAGAGGAUAUGAGGCUCAGAGUUUUUAAGCGCAUCAUCUUAAAAAUGAAGGUGGGAACUUUUUGUUUGGGUCACUUUUCAGGCUCCCUGACAAAGUGGUAUCUCUUCGACUCUGAGGAUUCUGUCAGUGGUGUUAUUUAAAAGAAAAAAUCUCAUCCUGCUCUCUGUAAAAGUCAAAUGUAUCACCUUUCGAGAAUGUCAGUCACUUCUUCUGUCACCUACUCUUUGGCAGCUGUUUCAGGCAACAAAUGAAAACUACAUAGAAAUAAUCUAUCUUUAUUUUAAUAGUCUUUUGUAAGUCAUGAAGAGCGAAAAUAUGAAGUU